AUAGAAGAGAAGAGAGAGACAGAAACUUGCUUAAAUCCGAAUUAAAAAAAAGAGGGUCCUAGCGGGCGAUGACCUCAACUGCUGGACUCAACUGGACAGAAAACUGAACCUAAGGAUACUGACGCAGAUAACAACCGCUUUAACAGACGUAUAUUAACCUGCACAGAGCUAUCAAAGUCUGUUUUCAUCUAAAUGGCAACCGCAGAACCAGCACCAGCCUGGUGGAAACUGACCUUCCUGCGGAAGAAGAAAUCAGAGCCCAAAGUGUUGUACGAAAUCCCUGGAGACCACAGCAGCAACGCCGGGGAGACGGCCGGGACACCGGACACAGCUGCGGACAGCCAGUUUAACGCCCGCUUGGAACGCAUCGUGGACAAAACAGCGACAAAGGGACGCCACGUGAAAGUCUCACAUUCAGGCCGGUUUAAAGAGAAGAAGAGAAUCCGCUCUACGCUGGCAGAAAACCCUGAGCUGUUCCCUGAGGCAGAAACAACGACUAAUGAGAAUAAUAAAAGUGGAAAAUAGAGUCACUUUGUAAACAUGGUAGAGUCACUGUGCAAGAAGCCACUCAAGAGGGCCUUGGUCUAUGUAGCACUCUUCCAUUGAUGUCCUCUGUAGUUUACAAUCGCCUGAGGUUGAGGCUGAAGCUGGAAAAGGACCGCUGAAUUAGUGAUCAAUCUAUACUAAUAUUUAGGAACAAAGAUGGGCACAAACCCAAAGAUCAGGUUUCUCCACAGAUACGCACGGCAGGACUGCAUUGUGGUCGUCUGAUGAAAGGCUGACAGUUGGCACAUGUUUAGUCAAGAGAAAUCCACCGUGAGAGAAUCAAAUCAAUCAUACAUCAACACAAGAUACCAGUAAUGUUCUGAUUAUUCUAGUUUCCUGUUUUCUUUAUAUAUAUAUAUAUAUAUGGUGAAAACUACAAUUGCAGCUGCAGCACUUUUGAUUCAAUAUUACAGCAAUAAUAUGCUAUUAUAUUAAAAGAUAAUAUAGAAAAGUUUAUUCCACAUUUCUAAUAUAUUGUAAUUAUAUUAAAUUAUUGUUAUUAUCAUUAUUAAAAAAAUAAAUUAGAAGUGACUUAAUGUGACAGCUUUCAACUACCAACUAGACCAACAUAUCUGUUUUAAAUAAAUGUUGCUUUGAUCUUGGUUGAUAUUUAUUGUACAUGGUUUAUACGACUAUAAUCUGAACAUGGUGGGGCUUUUACAUUUUAAUUAUUGUGUUAUGUUGAAAGAAAUUGUCAAAUAUUUGCACACUGCCUAUUUGCUUGGCUGGGAUUUUAAACUGAAUUUUGUACAAAAUUAGGUGUUGUUUUUAAAUAGAUAUCUCUAGAAAAUAAAUGAAUGA